GGUUUUGAAUCUAACUUGCUGAAAAAAAUGAAGGCUGUAGAUUUAGUUGAAUAUUUCUCGGCUAAUAUUUCAUCAGUUAUACGAUCCUGUAAAUAUAGGCCAAUGAAUUAUCGGAUAAUGGAUGAUGAAUCUAAACAUCAUUUUCGAGCAAUUGAUUGUUCAUCAAUCAAGACUGUUGUUAAUAGCAUUUUUUUCGGAAGAAAAUGUUUUACUUUUUUCUCCAAUUUAGUCGAUAUGUCAGAUGAUUGGCGACACAAUAUACCGAAUGUAUCUUGUUCAUCAUUUAAAUGUUCACAUACGGGUCUCGAUAAAGAUAUCGUUUAUUUUAGUGAUUGGGAGAAUUUGUAUCGAAUGUAUAAGCGAAUAUAUUCACGAAUGAUAGCUGAACUUAAUCCUGAAAUUAAUAUUGAAAUCGAAGCUACGGAUGAUGAUUGGAAAUUUAUGAAUGUAGAUGGUUUGUUUACGGUUGCAAUUCAUAAAUCUAAUGUAUUACCAUCAAUAGAAGAUUUCGUACAAUAUUCUAUCGUAAAUAAUCACCGAUUGGAUAUAGGUUUCACAAUGACUAAUUUGAAUAUAGUCAAUAAAAACACAAACAGCUGUUUAAAUUAUAAUGAUGGAUCUUUGUUUACAAGCUAUCGAAAUAGAGAUGAAUGUAUUAGAAUCUGUAUUCUUGGACAAUUUUUUAUUGCAAAUUUUACCUGUCACUAUUAUUUUCCACCCGUUAUUCUUGAACAUUUAUAUGGUGGACAAAAACAAUUGACAGUCUGUCCACAUGAUCAACAAAAUUAUCUACGAUAUUUACAAACAAGACAACUAUGUCAAUUUCGUUGUGAUGAAGAAUGUCAACAGGAAAAGCUUGAAACAUAUUCAUUAUCAACAAAAUUUUCAGGAAAAUUAACUGGAAAAACCUAUGCACAGAUUCGAGUACAUUUUACCACUUAUCCAAUAAAAUCAAUUCGAUAUCGAAAAAUCAUUAAUGACAAUGAAUUCAUGGCCAUGAUUGGUGGUCAUCUUGGACUUUGGCUUGGAUUAUCUGUAAUGACAUUUAUCAAGAUAUACUUAAAAUUUUGUGUUUUCUUGCUUCGUAGUUGUAUUAAAAUGCUUCACCUUCAUCGUAUUGCAAAAUAUUUACUUAAGCAUUUUGAUUAACAAAUUGAAAUGAAUAAAAUUGGAUUUUAAUCUAGA